AUGCAGCAACUCGGUGGAGAUAUCACCGAGACUAGCACUAGAAAAGAACUCACCAAUGGCAAUAACGUAGAAAGCUCCAAAUCUCUCCACCUCGUGCUCGAUGUUGAUGGCUGUGCUGUACUUCAGCUUGAGCACCCGUUUGGUGUAUGGAUGGUACGAGACCACCCACGACGCAAUCUCCAAGAACAGGUUCAUGAAAGCGAGCCCGAUCUUGACACGGACACCGACAAAAAUGACUGGGAUCCAGAUGCAGCAGGUAACUAUAAUUAG